CAGCCCCCACGUCACCAUACUAAAUUAAGGCACUGCACCCUCAAGUUCUCAAAUAUGACCACUGAAAUGGCCCUCCUCAGUCCUAAUUUCUCUCUUCCUUUGACAUCGAACCGGCAAAGUUCUGCAGCUUAAAUUAAACGCCAUCCCUCUCCGUCCCUUUUGCCUUUUCCAUUCUCAUCCAUGCUCAUAGUUGAGGCCGGAAAAGUCCAAUCUCCGGCCCUCCGUUCAUCACCAAAACUUGCUGGUCAGUUAUAUGACGAGCCCGCCAAAUGGCACAGAUCCGCUCGUGCCGCCCCCAGUGACAAUAACCUUCACGGUCAUACUCAUUGUUCUCUUCGUCAUGGCCAUGCUCUCUUUAUGCGCAUGUCGGUGCUGCGGCCACCAUCUCUGGAACAGCCAGUCUGCUACAAACCCUUCAGGCCGAAACUCCGGCGACGGACUUGAUCCUGUGGUCAUCCGCGCUUUCCCCACUUUGGUGUACUCGAACGUUAAGCACCUCAGGAGGGCGAGCUACGAACUGGAGUGCGCCAUCUGUUUGCUGGAGUUCGAGGACGACAGCAUUCUCCGCCUCCUUACUGCCUGCUACCAUGUUUUCCAUCAGGAAUGCAUAGAUCUCUGGCUCCAAUCCCACAAGUCUUGCCCCGUGUGCCGUGGAAAUCUUGAUCUGUCGCCAGAGAAGAUACGGGAGAGGUUCCCAGCAGUCCUCCACGAAAAGAACAUGCCGGAUAUCCACGAGCACAAGGAGGCACUCUUUGAAGACACGAUCAGUAUCAACAUCGAGAACGAGGAAGAAAAAGGAAGGAGCCGGAGCAGCAAGCGGAUCACAGGAAGUGCUAUUCCGAAAUCAAUCGAGAAGCUUCCCAGGUGGAAUUCUACGGGCCAUUCCAUAGUUGAAAACAAACCAGAUCACAGGUACACCCUGAGACUGCCAGAUGAUGUGAAAAUCCGGGUCACGAAGGGACACACUGGUAGCUGUAUAACUUUUGGAAGUCUUUCUGCCCGUGACCAUGUGGCCUCCGAUGAGAUCUCAGGACGUGCCAAGUGAAAAGGUAGUAUAGGAACCAUGUCUUUCACAAUUACAUCGAUUAGUUAAAUCACGUAACUUAUGUUUCUUGCAAUAGUUCAGUUACAAACAGUAGUAACAAUACAAGGAAAUGAUAAUAUGCAAUGUAUGUAGAGAAAGUCAUGAAAUUAUCAGCCAAAAGGCUCAUUGAUCUUCCAACACAACAGGUCUUUAGGCCCUCGUUCUUCUACUAAUAGAAAACAUUUAAAGGGGCACAAAAACAUUUAAAGAAAAAAAAAAAAAACCGAUCGUACUGGUCAGUUGUUCUGGGGUCAGGGAUCAAGAUCUAAGACAGAAGUAUGUAUAUUUUGCCAAGUUGUUUUGAGAUACAACGAUCAAAUGUAAUACCGCUGCCCAGGAGAAAAGAAAAUGAACAUUGGUUUCAGAAAUUUAGAGAACAUAAAGAUCUCUAGAAUGUAUUGUGGAGAGGUUUUAAUGUA